CUCCCGCUCCCUCUCCCGCUCCCUCUCCAUCUUUCUCUCUCUCCCGCUCUGUAACAUUUUUUUGAUUAUGCUUUCUUAGCUUCAGGCUCUGUUUGGUUUGCCUGAAAGCCAAGAAACAAAACGACAGAAAAGAUGGAAAAUAAACUAAAAAUUUGAACGUCGUCCUUUUGAUUGGCUCAGUUUUGAAGGCGGUUUAAAAUGUUGGAAAUUUCAUCUCCAAUGACUAUAGUUGUCUUAGUUUCUUUUGCUAAAUUUUCCGAGAAACCAAACGGAGCGCUAGGGUUUAUGGAGAUAAUGCUAAAUCGAAUCUCUGAUUUUUAACCUCUCUUGCGCUCUGAACUACGUAAUCACAUACUUCGUGUAGAUUUGGUUUAUUGUUCAUGUGUUAGUGUUAUCAAGAUUGCGUCCUAAAUCACCGUACUUCUUAUACAUUGGGUUUAGGGUUUAUGUGUUUGUAUUUUAUAAAUGAGUGCAUGCUAAAUCGCCUCUCUUCUUCUAGAUAGCGUUUAGGGUUUAUGUGUUUGCAUGCUAAUUGCCUUCUUGAGGUGCCUGUAGGAUUCCAGGGAAACAAAAAAUUUCUUCAAAUGUAUCAACGUAUCUUAUUUCUAGUGAAUUUGGGAAGCUUGGGAUAGUUCGUGGAGUUGUUUUAUGUCUCUUUCGUUAGAUAGUCUCCUUCCAAGACCAAAACAAAGAGAUUAAGUUUGUAAUAACUAAGAACUUGCAAUUUCAUGUGUUAAACCAAUGAAGAACAUAUUACACAAGUACAUGUAUCUAUAGGUUGAUAAAAUAAGCCAACUCCUAAUUCGUUAGUAGAUUUCUUACAUCUUCAGCAGUAUAGUCUUAUUGUCUCUUUCAUUAAAAAAUAUUGAUUUGACACAUUUGGGUGUUGUUUGUGUUUUGUUAUUAUUACUUUAUUCAAGAUAUGCUGAUCAAGUUUUCCACACAGAUAUGAGGUGUUCGAUUGAGAAUCCUUAUAUCUGAAAGUCAAUGCCCGGAAAGGUGCAAGGUGCCACAUGUUGGUUACCUGGCAGAUAAGAAAAUUUGCUCAAGUAGAAGUGUUGUUUUGGCAUAGCUGCUGCAUUUUUGUUGUUAUGUCAGAAGCUACGAAGGAUCUUGUUGGUUCGAGUGAACAUGAUAAAAUAGGACCAGACUUCUUUGGUUACUAUACACGUUUAGUUACAGAGUUGUUAUCACAAGAAGAAGAUUUUCCACCUUUUGCUUCCCAAUCCUCUGAUCUAUCUCAAAGAAGAAGUGGGGAUGUUAGAGGGAAGGAUGUUAUUGAGCACAGUUAUGGUACUUCUGGUUCUUUAUUUGGUAACAGCAUAGGAACUGGGCUUUCAGAUUUCAAAAAGGAAAGAUUGAAAUCAUUGCUCAGGCAGGGUGUGAAUUUUCUUUCACCAGAAGUUGAUGAGAUGCUAGAACCUGUUGUUGCUAUCAGCCGGUUAAAAUCUCAGCUAAAGAGCAGAAACUGUCUAUCGUCUUCUAAAGGUACAUUACCUGACAUUGAUGCAAGGAGUGCUCACUCUAAGAGACCAAAGAGAUCUUCUUCUUUCUCUUCAACCAGUCUCCCUGCACUUUCCACUCCUACCAAUCUCGAGUCUAGCAAAGAGAACUGUGCUCAUGGCCUCACAACAGAAACAGCUAGGUUGAUAGCUGUUCCGGAGGAGCCAAAGGUGACUAACAUUCUCCUUACUCCCCUUCUAUUUGUGGGGUUGUGUCACAUCCAAAAGGUUGACGAUGAUUUGCAGUUCCUUAUAGAGAAGGAUAGCUUGCAGGUUGAGGAGACAGUGAAGAAAUAUUCUGAUGAAUUUUCUGCAACACUAGGGCACAUGGAACAGCAGCUUGAAAAACUUCUUGAUACUGUGAUGGCUUCGUGCAGGCCUAUGACCCUUCCUGAGAAACACAAGCUUGGAAAAUUGAUUCAGAAGUUACCACCAAAAAAUCUUGACUGUGUUGCAGAAAUGCUCCAACAUAGGAACGCAGCUUGUAUAAAUUCCUCUGAUGAAAUUCAUGUGGAUCUUGAAAAACAGAGUAAUGUAACACUUUGGAGAUUGUAUUAUUAUGUUGAAGCUGUUGAGAAAGCUAGAAAGCUAGCCAAGUAGCUUAAUCUGAAAAAAGCUCUAAUACGCCUAUAUGAAACCAACGGAAGUUCGCUGUACCAAGGCUGAAAUUUUCUUUUGCUACACGAAGAUAGUAGUCAUCAGUAGUACCCAAAAAGGAAAAAAGGGAGAUAGCAGUCAUCAGGCUUUCUUUCUCACUGCUUCAACAAGUAAUUUCUGCCCCAUCUGCACACUUUGAGUCUUUUGUAGAAAUCUUCCAUUAGACCACAGAAUUUUGGUAAAAAUACAGAAAAUUGAGCAUCUAAUCUUGACCCGUAAAUUUGAUGAUUUUGACCGUUAUGGCCCAGAAGUGCAAAAUUUUUGGAGCACCUCAAAAGUUCAGACGAAUGCGAGAUGAAGUUUUUGAUAUAAUUUUUUUCAUUUGUAAUUGGCUUCAUUGCGUUGGAAUCGCACAUUGUACAUCUUUUACUGUAUACUGAGUACAGAAAGUUACGAAAUUCAAGGUUAUGGAAUUCUUUGUAAACUUCUAUCACGAUCCUCUUGAGUUAAGUAUAAGAACAGCAUAAGCCAGCUUGUCUCAAA